AUCUAACCUAAUUAAAAAGCAAAAUUUGAUUACAUGCGCUCGAUCGACUACUGCUGCGUGACGAGCUGAACGCGUGCUCACAUUCCUGUGUCAGUGUGUGUAUUCAGCAGAAAAUCAUAUAUAUAAUACUAUAUAUAUGACACAUUACGUAUACAUGCGGAAUACUGGUCACAACAAUUACUGCUGCGCCGACUUAGUCGCAGCCCAUCGUUAAAAUGCUUGAGGGCCUUGUCGCUUGGGUCCUCAACAAUUAUCUCGGCAAUUAUGUUGAAAAUCUUAACACGGACCAGCUCAGCAUUGCCUUACUAUCAGGUGCUGUUGAGCUGGAAAAUUUACCUCUAAAAUUAGGAGCUUUACGACGCAUUGGGUUACCUGUUGAAAUUAAGGCUGGCUUUAUUGGCAAAGUCAGACUACAAGUUCCUGUAACACAAAUUAGAACAGCACCAUGGGUUAUAGCAAUAGAACAGUUGUAUUUAGUGGCAGGGCCUAUAAAUUUAGACGAGUACGACAGCGAAGCAGAAGAGCAAGCAAUGGUUGAUUAUAAAUUGUCACGCUUGGAAGCUCUAGAGGCUAGAUGGCGAGCUGAAUCUGAACAAGGUCCUGGAUAUUAUGCAGCAAGCUAUAGCACCUGGGUUAAUUAUGGCACUUCUUUAAUGACCAAUAUUAUAGAAAAUUUGCAACUUGUUAUCAAAGAUGUACAUUUACGUUAUGAAGAUACAGUAACUCUUCCAAAUGGAAAUGGAAUAGCAUUUGGUGUAACUAUAGGAGGAUUAACAGCUCAGAGUUGUGAUGCUAGUUGGGUACCUGGUUCUACAUCAUGGAAUUUAUCUGAUGCAUCUUUUAAAUUAAUGGAGUUGGAUGACUUGUCUGUGUAUUGGAACCAAAUGUCAAAAGAACAAACAUUUCAUAAUCUUAAUCUUGGAGAUUUGGCUGUGGCUAUGAAUGAAUCCAAAAAACACGCUAAAAAUUAUAUUUUAUCACCAGUUAGCGCUAAAGCUCAUGUUAAAAGAGAUAGGACUGAAAGACCUUUGCGCUCAGCCCAUAAACCUAGAAUAGUAGUAGACCUUUCACUUGAUCAAGUACCAUUAUCUAUAACAGAUGUACAAUAUGAACAAAUUGUGCAAUGUAUAAAAGGUUUAGAGGAAAUUGAUCGACAACGACGUCAAAGAAGAUGUCGACCAAUUGCGUCCAUCAAAGAAACACCCAAAGAAUGGUGGAGAUAUGCAGCUCGUUGUUAUGUAGGGCCAAAAAGUUUGCAACCAAAGAAAUCGUGGGGUGAUAUCCUUGAGCUGGGUAAAAAGAAUGUAUUAUAUGUAGAAGCUUGUGCAAAGUUAUUAUUAAAUCCCACGUCUAGUUUACCUCCGGAUCUUAAAAAACUCAAAGAUCAAAUGGAACUCAAAAUGAGUUUCGACGAGCUGCGUGUUUUGCGAGAAUUAGCGAUGGCGAAAAUACGACCACCAAAGCCUCCUACGCCAACUGCUCCGUCACCCCAAGCAAAAGGAAUGUUGUACCAAUGGUUUCCUCAGUGGUGGGGUUGGCAAUCGAGCAAAAGCAGUGAUAAUGGUAAUGGUUCGCCAGGCAAUAUUUCGGAACACGGUAACUCAUCGUCGACUUUCGACGGUGAACUACUCGAUGUGCUGGCCGAUGCUGUGGAUGAUGACACAUUAUUAAGGCGGGACACAGUUUUCGGAUUAUUCAAUUUUCAAUUGUCUAAGGGUGCCAUUUCUCUGUGUACAGUUUUGCCUUCGGAAAACGGUAAACCUACCGAGACAAAGAAAAUUAUGGAAUUGCAAUUCGAGCGCGUACAUUUAAGUUACGAAUCACGACCCCGCUCCGGGUCGCACAAGUUCUCCAUCAGUUUGGGAGCCCUCUACCUGCACGAUCAUUUGACUGAGAACUCGACCUUCCCAAUCCUCGUUCAACCGCAAACAAUCGGCGGAGGCCCGAGUUCAUUUUCGCGUUUACGCAGCUCUACCGACAAGCUCACUCAACAGCAAGCGCUUCAAUCGUCUCUUUUUGAGCUCGUUUACGAAAAGCGUCCUCUGCACCUGACAGUCGAUCACUCGCUCCAUGUCACCUCGCGCUCACUCGACGUCGUUUACAAUCCAGUGGCCAUGCGAUGGCUGGUCGAUUUUGUCUACGAGCCACAUCGUAGGGAUGCCUUCAAUAAUCAGCGACUGCAAGCCAUGAAGCGUCGAACCCGUCGAAGACUCAUGAAAAAUUGGGAACAGAUACUCGAAGGCGAUUCGGUUUACCGAUCCUCCUGGGAUCUUCAGCUGAAUAUCUCAGCGCCACAAAUUUUGCUCGUUGAAAAGUUUAACGACGCUAAUGCGCUCGUAGUUGUUGUGGACUUUGGCCGAUUACAUUUGACCAAUAGCGUGUCUGGUACGGCGAUGAGUGUGAAAAAUGUCAUGUCUCCGGUGAGCGAUCCAGACAACACCAACGAUGACGACGAAGAAGACGAACGCUACGAGACGCCGUGCUCGACGCCUCCUGGUAGCGAGGAAGACAACAGUGCUGCGCCUGAUUUGCAACAAGGCCUAUCAGAAGCGGCGCUCCACAAAAAACUUUACGAUCACUAUUCCGUUGACUUAUCAGACUUGCAAGUACUCGUUGGCAAAGUAAAAGACAAUUGGAAACACGCUAGAACGAAAGGCAUGUCGAAUCUUCAUGUACUUGAGAGAUUCAACAUAUCACUGCAAAUUCAGCGAAGAGUUGUGACAACCACGGAUCCGCAUUUCCCGUCUGUUACUGUUUCCGGGAAUCUACCUCGACUCGUAGUUCACAUUAACGAGCAAAAAGUGGAGUCCAUCAGAACGAUGUAUAAUCUGCUGUCAAAUUUAUCCAGUACAUCGCCUGUUACGGCAAAGACUAAUGGAAUCUACAUGCAAGACGUUCCUGAGAGUCCGAAAAAAGAAGAGCCCAUCGAUAAAACUUUGAAUCAUGCGAUUAUGGUUCAAUUUAUCAUUGAUCAAAUGACUUUUGAGCUGCAAUCCAGAGGCAGACCUGUCGCUGAAUUGCGAGUUACUGGAGUACGCGCUGCAUUAAGUAAACGUCCGGCGGAUUUUAGCGCAUCUUUAUCAGUUCACGGUCUUCUGUUGGUCGAUGCGCUUCAAGAAUUUGGUCCAGAUUUUGAGCUUUUGGUAGCCAGUCACAAACAUGUCGGUAUGGAUAGCAUAUCGGGUAGCUUGAGGGAUUCUGAACCGACUUCGCCGACGUCGCCCGCAUCCACGGGUUCACCGGACCCGCACAAGCCGCGUCGCAUAACUUCGCCUGUGGCUCUGACGCAUGCUUUGUCAAAUUUGGCCCACCAAGCGCCUUUUUUACCGCACAAUAAUUCAACGGGUACAUUAGAACAAUUGGACAGCGAGGCUCUAAUAGUCGUCGAAUUGAUGAUCGUUGACGAACCGUUGGAAAAUUUACGCGUAGCCAAUAUUCAGUUUAAUAAUUUGGAUAUCAUAGCUAACCAAGAGACGAUUGUUGAAUUGAUGGGUUUUGCAAGGCGAUGUUUUCCUUCGAAAAAAAGUAAAGCAAGACGAAUGGACAGAUAUGAGUCAGUGACGAGUUUAACAUCCGAAGGAAAGGCUACGAGAACUGAAAUCGCUUUCGAUUUCCAUCGAUUAAAUGUUCUUCUACUGAGAGCAGUUAUGCAAGAUAGUCAAUUAAUUGGUCAAAAAAUUGCCACUGCCACCAUGUCAGAUGCUCGUAUUCAAGCGACUCUUGCUUCAGACACUUCGAUAUCCGGUUCUCUCGGUGGUCUUCAAAUUCUCGAUCAAACUUCGACUGGCAAGACUCACCAACGUGUCAUAAGCGUCGGUCGUGAUCCUCUAGCAGAGCAACAUUCUCGAAAUAAUGACAAAUCCGCGUAUGAUGAAGCAUUCGCAGCUGAAACUGCUGGUCAAUUGGAAGCCUUCAGCUUUUCGGCCAGUCGCAUUGUAAGGCCUGACACCGCUGAUGUUCUGGUGGACAUUGGCGUUCGCGUUGGUAGUGUCUGGUACACCCACGCUCCUCACCUUAUUUCGGAAUUGCGUUCCUGUGCCGACGAGUUCAAACAGUACCUGAGUAAUUGGGCAAGACAAAUUGGCGCCGCUGCCACCGAUAUGGCUAUAGGUUUGGUCGGCGCGGAAGAUUGGGCCAUUCCACAAAGGAAGAGAUUACCGAGCUUUUCGAUCGAUGGCAUGGACUCGACGAAUCAUUUAUUGAAGCUAGAUUUGCUAUUGGACAGCCCAGUUAUCGUAAUACCAAGAUCAUCCCAAAGCGGUCAAGUUUUCGUUGCUCAUCUGGGUACAAUGUCAUUACAACAUGAACCCCCAUCUACUGGCUCGACCAAACAAAAGAUUUCCUUUGAAGUAAAAAAUAUGAAUUUACAUUCACUUGAUGUAUCGGAAAAACUCAAUCAACCGACUUCAAGUUGUCUGCCUCUACGUGCCGAAGAGAUGUACUGUUGCAAAGAGAAUGGAAGACCAAUUCUUCAUGACACGCUAUUACAAGUAACAAUAGAGCGUGAUUUGAGUAGUCGGUGCCAAAGUCCAGGUUAUCCAAUUGAAAUCGAAGGAGUAUCGUCACGCGAUGGUACUGUUGAGAUAAAUGGAAUUGUCGCUACUCCUCUCAAAGUGUCGCUAGUUCGUAAUCAGUACGAACAAUUGAUCGAUACAGUUCACAGGUUGUUUUCGGCUCAUAGUACAUCAACCAUGCCCAACAAAUCAGGGUCUGAUAAUUCAAGUAGUUCAACUAGUGCUAGCGAUGAAAGUUCCUAUACAGAAAAGUUUGACUUGCCUAUAAAAGUUUUAUUUAAAAUACCGGCGUUGAGCGUCGAAUUAAAACAAGAAGGCAGAUUGGAGCAACCACUGGUCGAACUAUCUAUGCGAGACCUAUGUACCAAAUUUGAAAAACUUCAACGUGGUGAAUCAACUACUGAAGUUUCAUUACGUUCGCUACUUAUGGAAGACCUUUUGUGUCCUGUGGGCUCUCGGCAUCGCUACAUGAUGCAGUCGUCCGCCCCUACUAGAGCUCGAUUAUUAGCAGGUGUAUCACGAUCUUGCCCAGAUCUUACAAUUCCUCGACUUCUGCGUAAAUCUUCCGGACUUUAUGGAAGCUUGCCUGAUAAUUUGGAAACUGAUACAUUGUAUGGACCUGUACCAUCACACUGGCGGCGUGGUAAACCAGUAACCGCAAUUGAAAUUCCUAACACUCCACCACCAUCACCAGGUGCUAUCAGCACAGAAGAAAAUCUCGUUCUUAUUAACAUUACUACCAACGAAUCCGAGUCGGGUACUCCAAAUCGCCAUCGUAAAAAACGUGUGACAAUCGAUUUCAACUGUCUCGAUUUGGUUGUUAGUGUUGAGUCGUGGAUGGUCGUUCUUGACUUUUUGGGCUUUGGUUCACCCAGUUCUGACGUAGUCAUCAGUACUGUCCCGACAAUAAACAUCGACGAACCCGAUUCUCGUCCAGUAGCUAAAUUACCUGUUCACUCGGACACAGAGAUCGAAAUAAAUUCUUUGACACUGGUGCUUACGCAAUCUGAGCGAGAGAUAGCCCGUGUAAAUAUUUCCAGUGCCAGUACGCAUAUCGUGAAAACUGGAGAGACCACGAAAGUAUCGGGAUCGCUGGGAUCGAUGUCUCUCCUAGAUCUAACACCGCAUGGGAGAUUCUACAGAGAGCGCUUCGUCACGUCUGGUCGCAAGGCCUUGAAUUUUCAGUACACGAGCUACGCAAACUCUCAGAGCAGGCCACACGACGCUGAGUUGAAACUCCAAAUGUCAUCGGUGCAUUACGUGCACACGCAGCGCUUCAUUGCCGAACUUCAAGCGUUUUUCGCUCAUUUUGCUCAGCUGCGUAACGUGAUGGUAAAUCUCCAAGCCGGAGGUAGCGCAGUCAUUGAUUUUAAGAAACGCAGCACCAGACUGUCUUUAGAGCUUCACGCCGGGGCACCGGUUAUUUUGCUGCCAGUCAGUUCAAGAUCCGAAGAAUUAAUACUACUGGAUCUCGGAGAGUUGUCGGCUAACAAUAAAUUCGUUGCAUCAAGUAUCAAUCCUGAGUGCCUUUUAGAUACUAUGAGUUUAGAACUCGUCAACAUGGACGUUUACACGGCUAAAAGGAUAGCCGGUAAUUAUGACGAGCAGUCGAUCGACGAAGAAGAUACACUGAACAUCGGUAGUUAUGCAGUGAAAAAAACUGGACCCUCUUUACUCAACGAAAAAUGCCAUUUAAAACUCAGAAUUGAGAGAAAUCUCGACGCUUGGCUUACCCGGGAAAUCCCGGAAGUUAGUGUACAUGGCACUUUAUCCACGAUGGACUGUGCCUUAGAUCCAUCUCAGUACACGCUCAUACGUGGCCUACUAGCUCACAAUAUUGGUGAAAACCUCGACGAUCUUGUGAGUACUUUUACGCGCGAUAACAGUACCUCGGAUCAGUCGAAUAUUCCUGUGGAUUCUAAUAGUAAAGCCUGGACGACGUCUUUUAUUAGCUUUGAAUUAGUCAAUGUGACCUUGAAACUUCAUUCAGAACGAGAUCAAGCAGCUCUCGCAUGUGUAAAUUUCAUAAAAUCUCGUUUGAUACUCGAAUCUUUGAGCGAUGGAUCGCAAGACGUAGAUCUGGUCUCUCGAGAAAUUCUUGUUACCGAUACGAGAUUUCAAGAUGAGCCAGUUAAUCGCAGAUCUAAUGUAUUUACGAGCAUAUUACAACCGUUAAAAAGUAGUUCAGCUGCAGAGGAUAGAGUCCAAGCCGAAGUUCAUCACAGAAAAAGAAAAAAUUGCUCGGCUACAACAAUUUUAUUGCACAGUAUGCGAUUGACAGCUAUUCUAGACUGGUGGGAAGCUGUGCGAGACAUUCUUGUAUUAAACUCUCCAGAACCUGCACCUUUGCACACCAUACCGGUUGCUGCUGGCAAAGAAAGUAUCGAAGAAGAGCCAGUUGCAAUGCCUUUUGAAUUAAAACUCAACAUUACUGAGUCUGAGCUUGUAUUAGUCGAGGAUACGUCAAUGUGGGAUACCAACGCAGUAAUACUCAAGAGUACAGCAGUACUUGCGUAUCGAUCAAAAAGUCAAAAUGGAGAAAAACCGUUGAGUUGCAAUUUAUCGCAUUGUGAAUUGUUCUCGUGUAUUCUAGGCUUAGAAGAGGAAACGGCACUCUCUAUAAUCGAUCCUGUGGGUGCCUCGCUAGAGCUGACAGCCGAAAAAUGCUUGGAAAUUCAUCUUCAACCUCUAAGUGUCAGGCUCAGCUAUCAUGACGUCAACAUGUUCACACGGAUGUUACGUUCCCUGCCAAAACAGACACUUCUAGCUCGUCAAAGAAGUUCUCUCGAUGAAAACCAGCCAGCCAAUUCGAAAAGUCACAUCUUGAAGCUUUCUGCUCUAGGAUUUACCGAGGUUGAUUGUGAGACUGCUUUGGAUAAGUGCAACGGUCAUUUGGAUGAUGCAGCUUUAUGGCUCACUCAAAAUGCAGUACCUAGUAGUCUGCAAACUACGAGCUCUGAUGAUUCUCCUUUAACGGAGAUUCGACUUGAAACAUCGUGUUUAAAAAUCUGCAUCAUCGAUGACUGUAGAGAUGCUGAUGUGCCCUUGCUCGAGCUGACUCUGGUCGACUUGGUUCUCAGACAAGAAUAUUGUGGCCCUGGUGAUGUGUCCGGUACUUUUAGCAUUGAUUACUACAAUCGUGUUUUAAGUGGCUGGGAGCCAUUCGUUGAACAGUGGCGCGCAUCUAUGCAAUGGGAACAAGCAUUAUCGAGUUCUUCUUUAAGUUCAAAAAGAUUGAGAAUACGCGUGGACUCGCAAGACUCGGUUAACGUUAACAUCACUUCGACUCUCGUUGAGAUGUUCACCCUUGUCAAAGAAAAUUGGACUCAAGAUUACUACUCGUUAAGUGAACCUAAUAAAGGUGAUAAGAAAAACUACAGACGACGUUCUCCAUUUGUACCAUUUGCUCUGAAGAAUGAAACAGGCUCUAGAAUUUGGUUUAAAACUUUGAUUGCUACCGCUGAGGAUGAUAGAAUCGUCGAUAGAGACUUUUUGCGUAAAAAUGCUUUGAAAAAGGAUCAAACAUGGCUAGAAGUCGCUUCGGGAGAGACGAUACCUUUUACUUUUGAAAACAGAGGUAAAUUGAGACAUCACUCAACUCACAUUGUAAGGCGUCAUCAGGUCGCCGUAGUUGUCGAAGGAUGGAAAGUUGUUGAUCCCGUUACAGUAGAUAGAGUUGGUGUGUACUUCAGACAUGCACGUUUUGACUUCAAAGGUUCUGAGAUGAUUAAUACCAAAGCUAGAAUAGUUUUCAACGUAGAAUUAGAAGGAUCUGCGAGAAAAUUAGUAACUGUAAGAUCGGCUCUGCAGGUAAUCAAUAAAUUGAAGUAUAGUGUUGAUUUAAAAUUGGAUAAAUCAAUGAGUUAUUAUGGCUAUUCUCCAACUUAUACAUCCGCAUUAACAGGCCGAAUUUUACAAGUACCCGCGCAAUCUCGUAUCUCCAUCCCUUUAAGUCAUACUGAUGUACAAAUGUAUGUAAAGCCAGUGCAAGCUGGUCAUCCUUAUCAGUACUGCAUAGAACCAAUUGAUUGGACAACUGUAAAAAAGAUGAACGAAGUUAUUGAAGUGCAGACGACUAGUCGAACACCAAACUUGCAGCAAACUUUCAGAAUGUGUGUGGCUGUGCGAAGGGACAAUUAUCCAGUCGAUACAUCGCAAACAUUGCCUGGACAUACAAUAACUAUUUUAGCACCAAUGACUUUGACCAAUCUUUUACCUCACGAAUUGUACUUUACUGUUGGUACCGAGAGCGGUCGUAUUUUACCUGGUGAAUCUUCUGAUUUGCAUAGCUUGAAUGUAACCGAUCAACUGGAAAUCAGUAUUCAAAUGGAUGGUUAUCCUGGUUCUGGAACAUUUAUUCUUCCACAAAAUAGUUGCUCUUUCACGGGAAGAAUGCGUCUAUCCGAUUCGCAAGGCCGAAUUCUCUUCAUUCAUGCAACAGUGAUAGUAGAGCGGGGAAUGGCAACUAGAAUCAAUAUUACUGCACCUUAUUGGAUUAUUAAUAAAACUGGUUUACCUUUGGUGUUUAAACAAGAAGGAGCCAGCAAUGAAUUUGCUGGUCAAUUUGAAGAGCACGAAAAAGCGAGGAUGGUUGCACCGUUGCUCUUCUCGUUCAACGACGAGGAAAUUAGCGGUACACUGUCUGUUCGAGUAGGAACUGGAGUUCAUUCAAAUGGCAUACCACAAUGGUGUCAAAGUUUUCAUUUACAACCUGGCGUUCAAGUCCACCGUUUAAGGGUUUGUUUACGUGAUGGUAGACCCGACAUCGUUUACCUGAUCGGAAUAACAGCAAGAGCUGCGAGAGGUAGAUAUCGAGCUACAACCGUUGUUACGCUUUCUCCAAGAUAUCAACUGCACAAUAAAUCAUCUUGGACAUUAGAACUUGCUCAAAAGUGUUUCACAACUACUGUGACUCAUCCUGUUGCCCAAGCCACAUACAUCACAGCAAUGCCAGAUUGUCAUAUGCCUUUCCACUGGCCAAGGCUCGAUAAAGAUCAACUACUUUGUGUGCGAGUCGUUAAUAUUCCUAAUUGCUCGUGGUCUGGCGGUAUUCUUUUACAAGGGAAUCAUUCUUUGACUAUUAAUAUUAGAGAUAGUACUGGCCAGAUGUUUUUCCUUCGCGUCGACGUAGUUUUACAAGAAAGUACAUUUUUCAUUGUUUUCACCGAUGCACACACUAUGCCACCACCGAUUCGAGUCGAUAACUUUUCAGAGGUUCCAUUAACACUGAAUCAGACCACCAUUCAAGAUAGUUUGCAGUGGACAGUUAGACCUCAUUGUUCGGUUCCAUACGCUCUUGAUGAACCGACAUUGCCAACAAGUCUCACCGUAACAGCACCCGGUGGAGUAACGGCUGCUUAUGAUCUGAAUGUUCUUGGCGAGUGCAGGGGUUUAACGUACGAAAAUUUCAUCUACAUCGCCUUUACUGGAACGUUCAAAGCAGAUGGUGAUCUAGGAACAGGCGAAGCUGGAUUAGAUCCUCUCGAUGUCGAAACCCAAAGAUUGGUCUUGGAAGCUGGUCCUGGUGGUUGGGUGGCACUUCGCAGAAAGCAAUAUGGAGCGAGAUCUCAGCUCUGGAGAAUGACUGGAGAUGGUCAGCUCCAACACGAAGGAUCAAGCCCUCCAAGAGAUAAGCAUAGUCGAACUCCGGAUACUGUGCUAGUUCUGGAUAUAGCUGGAACUGCUCCACAACCUUUCACCUUUUGUCCACUAGCUUUGAGAAGACCUGAUCCAAGGCGUAGAUCCACUCAAACUUGGCGUUUCACCGAUGAUGGCCGACUUUGCUGUGUUCAUGCGAAUAUGUGCGUUCAAUCGAAGGAUGGUUUCAUGGGACUGCAAGAAGGGAGCGAAGCGGUUUUGGGUCCACAAAUGCACUGCAAUCCACCACCAAUCGAGCAACGCGUUGCCAGACAACGAUUGAGACCGGGAUCUGGUUAUUUGUCUGUACGAGUCACUACCGAUGGACCUACGAGAGUCUUACAAGUUUUAGAUAUUAAAGAAAGAAAGCGUACGUUUGCCUUAUUAGAGGAACGCGACUGGUCAAAUAUAUCUGUAACUCAGCGUCCAACGCAGUUGGAAGUGGCUGAAUUGAGAGCUAUUGAUGCACGAGAAUUGUAUUUGAGCGUUGAUUUACCAGCCGGUUUGGGUUUAUCUCUAGUAUCUAGUAAACCAGCUGAAGAAUUGAUAUUUGCACGCUUUGCCGGCAUUGCACUCGAUUACGUUGACACGCCUGCUAGUAAAAGUUUGGAAUUGAGUAUCAACGAUGUACAAAUUGACAAUCAAUUAUUUGAAGCACAGUGUACUUCGGUCGUGUACAUAUCAAGAGCUUCUCGAGGUGAAGGUGAUUCCCGUCCAGCGAUUCACGUUGCUGCUGAAAAGUUACCAUCAAAAAAUCAAAACGCUGAAAUUUAUAAACAUUUGAUAGUCAGCGUUAAACCAGUUUGCGUUCAUCUUGAGGAGCGUCUGAUUUUGAAAUUUGCCGCAUUUGUCGGGGCCGGCUCACUUGACCAAGAAGUUCCAGUAGAUGAAAAUGACUUCAAUGCUCAACGUCUGAUCUCGAAUGUUUCUGCAGCUCAUGCUAAGCGUUACUAUUUCGCAGCUCUCAAGUUGGUACCGAGUCAAGUAGAAUUGAGCGUACUUACAACAACCAAACUUCCACCACAUCUUCAAGCAAUAAAGAAAAAACUCGGCUUAACAUUGAUUAAAUUUGAAGAUGCCACUAUCGAGCUUGAACCAUUUAUAAGAAAACAUCCAUUCGAGAGUAGCCAGUUUUUGAUACAUUCUAUCAUCAAACAUUACAAAGAUGAACUCAAGUGGCAGGCUGCGGUGAUAUUAGGCUCGGUCGAUUUUCUGGGCAGUCCCUUAGGAUUCGUGAAUGACGUUUCGGAAGGAGUUUCCAGUCUAAUUUACGAUCGAAGUGUUAAGACUUUGGUGAAAAAUGUGACGCACGGGUUUUCCAAUUCUGCUGCAAAAUUAUCAGAAUCGCUUUCUGAAGGUUUUGGUCGUGUAAUAAUGGACGAUUGGCACGAGGAAGUUAGACAGAGAAUACGAUCGAAUACAACUGGAAGUAAAGAUCACUUGGUAGCAGGAUUCAAAGGUCUAGGAUUUGGAUUAUUCAGUGGUGUGAUAAGCAUUGGAAAGCAAACGUACGAUGGUGUUAUAAAUGAAGGGUUUCCGGGAUUUUUCGCUGGACUUGGAAAAGGUGUUGUUGGGACCAUAACGAAACCAGCCGUUGGAAUACUUGAUUUUGCUACUGAAAGUAGCAUUGCUAUCAGAGAAAGUAGUAGAAGUGCACACAGACAAAUACCUAAGCGUGACCGAUUACCGCGAGUACCAACUGGCCCCGCAGGUCUUCUGCCACCAUAUAAUUCCCAACAAACCGAGGGUCAGGAAUUAUUGCACAGCAUUAACAAUCGCGACUAUUCUGAACUAUUUGUUAUUUACGAAUGUCUUCGCACGGGGGCAGACAAUUUGAAAGUAUUAGUAUCCAAUGAACGCGUCAUUGUUAUAUCUGGUAAUAGUAAAUGCGUCGUUACCGAAGUUAGUUUGGCUGAUUUGUUGUAUUGUCAGCCUACCCACAGAAUUGAAGCUAAUGGCAGUACUCUACAUUACAUUGAACUGACAUCGAGAACCGAAUCAUCUAAUCAGAUGGCUAGUUUUGAGGGUGCUGCCGAAAUGUUGAGAAGACCAAAAGUACGAUGCGACAAUGAGGAGGUUGCGAAAUGGGUUUCUAGACAAAUUAAUUAUGCUAAAGGAAUGCACGAAGAAAGACGUCUUACUCUCACUUCCACAGAAAAUGUGCUGGACGAUAUGCACCUUUACAAAUGAGCAAGGCUUAUUAUUACUUUAAUCGCGAAAGAUUUUUUCAUGAACACGUUGCAAAAGCGUUAUUACUAUUUGAGUGAUUAUCUUCGAUUUCUAUAUCGUAAAAGACGUGAUUAAGUCACAAAUUAUUACCGGUUUUAAGUGAUUCUUCAAAAGACUGACGCUGUAAAAACGAGCAAUAAGUGUCGCACGCGGAAAAAAUUAUAUUUUUCUGGUGCCAUUUUUUGUUAACACAUGUUUAUACGUAUUACGAAGUACAUGUAGAUAAUAGACGUAUGCAAGUGAAUGAUUGAUAAAUGGUAUAAAUGUGAUUGUGAAAUAUUAUGUACAUUUCAUUGAAAUCGUGAUAGAAAUAAAAACGAAAAAAUAUACAAAUUAAACUUUGCGUUCACGAAAUGUAAUCGUUGAACCAAGUAUUGGUUAAUCUAUUACAUUCAACGCCUAAGUCAUUCAAACUUUUAGUUUAUAGUAAAGUAUUUAUUAUUCUUAUCAAUUGUUAUAAUUCUACAUUCACUCUGUACAAUCUGAAUUGUAACUGUACAUAAAAUAAACUAAAUAGUUUAAUUUCAAAGGGGUUUAAAAAGGAUAAAAACCACGAAAGAAAUUUCAAAAAUAUAUGUUUGUUGUAAUGUAAA